AUGGCGGAAAGUGAUGAUGAACGACCUCGAAUCCCAAAAACAUUGAAAGAAAAAGACUCUUUGAAACGCUUAAUUGUUGUUUUGGAAAAUGCCUCGCUGGAAACAGUUAAGAAUGGGAAGAAUUUCGAAUUGUUAAAUUGUGACCAACAUAAACACAUAUUAAAGAAAAAUGGACGAGAUAUUGGAUCAGUAAGACCAGAUAUCACUCACCAGUGUCUCUUGAUGUUGUUGGAUAGUCCUUUGAACAAAGCUGGUCUUCUUCAAGUUUACAUCCACACUGAGAAAAAUGUUUUAAUUGAGAUCAAUCCUCACACAAGAAUUCCUCGAACAUUUGACAGAUUUUGUGGAUUAAUGGUUCAAUUACUGCAUAAGCUAAGUAUCCAUGCGUCUAAUGGUCCACAAAAGUUAUUGAAGGUGGUUAAAAAUCCUGUGACACAAUAUUUACCAACUGGAUGUAAGAAAUAUGGGACUUCUUAUAGUUCAACAAAGCUUGUCAAAAUGAAUGAUCUUGUACCAAAAGACAAUCCUGUUGUUGUAGUAAUUGGUGCAAUGGCCCAUGGCAAGGUUAAAGUGGAUUAUACGGAGGAAGUUUUAGCAAUCAGUAGUUACCCUUUAUCUGCUGCUCUUACCUGUGCAAAGAUUUGCACGGCAUUUGAACAAGAGUGGGAUGUAUUAUGACAAGAUGCCAGUGCAGAUUCUUCAAUUCAUGUAACAAAGAUCCAGGUCCUCAGUCGCCAACUGUGAAAGUAGAUUAAUAAAAGAUCUUUUUUUCUAAAAUGAUGACACUUGAAUACACAUCAAUAUUAGACUGAGUAAUUGGAGGUUUAAAAUCUUCUGUUUUCAGUUAUAUAACUUUGUAUUUUAAAUUAUUAUUUUACAACCUUUUUUACACAAACAAUACAAAUAAUUACACAGUGGAGAUAAUAUGUCAAAGUGAAAGUUCCUUUCAAAUUAAUAACUUCUGUACAUAGAGAUUUUGCUACCUUAUCAUAUAUGAUGAUUACUUGA